AUGGUAUCUCUUGACCACAACGAAGACGACGAAUUUGAUGAAAGUCAACAAUGUGAAGAAAUAGAAGGCAAAACGAUUGAUGAUAGUGAACUAGAUACUAUUAGUAAUGUAUCUGAAGCUGACGAAGAAGAUUCUGAAACGACUGAAAAGGUAGAAGUUACUCCUCUUCCAAAAGACCCGCCACCUUUAAAGUCUUUGACUCCAAAAACAGCAAAACCGGAGAUAUUCGACAAAAAUGUCCAAUUACUUCACGAAAAUGGAAAAAUUGACAAAGUUGAAAAUCCGAUGCCGGGCAAACCCAAAAUAGUUGAAAAAGUCGAAAAAAUGUUUAAACCUUCUCUAUCGAAAGCGGACAAAAGUAACACCCCCAAAAGCACAACAAAAACACCGCCAGAUGUUAAAGAGAGUCCACAAAAUUUACAGAAAGUUAUAGAAACUGAAGUGGAUGACGUACUAAAGGAAGUUAUUACUGAUCAAGGCGAGUCAAAACAAGCGAAAGAAGUUGAGUGUGACAGUGCAAGUGACAUUCCUUUAGAACCCAAAAAGGGGCAUGGGAAGCGGACCAAAUUUGAGUUCUUUUCUGACACCGUCAAAAACGGUCGAAUGAUCACUACAAAGGAGUUGCGCCGCAUGAAAGAAGUGAUGAAACACAGUGGGGAGACGAUGGAAAGUUCUGGGAUAUGGAUUGACUUAGCGUCACCCGAAGAACAAGUGUGCACUGAAAUAGGGCAAAUCUUUGGGUUACAUCCUUUAACUGUCGAGGAUUGGUUUGGUGGCGGGUGUUCCGAGAAGAUUGCGUACUUUGAGAAAUACAUUGGGAUGACUUGUGUUGAGAUGCGAUAUGAAGAAGACUCUAAUGUUCUUCGUCCAUUCUUGUUUUAUGUUGUCUUCAAGAAGAAUAUGAUAGUAACAAUUCGAUUUAACAAGGUACUUGCCAUCGACGAAGUCAAAAAUCGGAUUCGAAUGAAACACCAAGGCGACUUCCCAAGUGCACAAUGGGUCUUAUACGUCCUCUUUGGGAUGAUUAUGAAAGAGAUAUCUGUCUUAAGCGAUCAGUUACUCGAAGAUAUCGAAACAACGUCGAAUUUGGUCCCCGCUAUGAUCAAUGACGAGAAAGACGAGUUUCUCACGCGAAUAGAAGCAAUAAAGAAGACAGCGCGGAGUCUGAGAUUUGUCGUCGACCCGAAGAAGAGUAUGUUGCGCCACAUGUUAAGAUCAAAAGAGAAGACUAUCACUACUAACUUGAAGUUGUACCUUCGUGAUGUCCAAGAUGAUACUAUGAAGGUGUUGUCACGUCUCGACGCUAUGAUCGAUGAUAUCACAUCAAUAGAAGACACUUAUUUAGCAAAGAUCACACUCUCUGUCAAUAGAUAUUGCAAAGAGGAAAACAAUUUGAUGCACAACUUUGGAGUUAUAGGGUUACUCUGUUUACCUAUGACAUUUUUGGCAGGACUCUGGGGAAUGAAUGUGAGAGUUCCUGGACAAGAAGUCGCGACAAUCAUGUGGUUUGUGUUACUUAUUGGCUCUUCUUUGCUCUGGCUUGGCGCAGGAAUUUUCUUCUUCAAAAUAGUCAAAUUUUUGUAA